GCGGGGCUUUCGCGUUCCCAAAAUAAACGAGGAAGAAAUGCAGGUCGGUCACAAUCUAUUGAAUGAACAGCUUCUUACGUUUUCGGUUUGCUCAUCGCACGCAUAAACACUGCUUGAGACUGUUACAAUGGCAAGUUCAGAGGGAAAUAAACUAUGGGGUGGUCGCUUUGUGGGAAACGCCGACCCUAUAUUGGAAAAGUUCAACGCGUCCAUCUCGUACGACCAACGCAUGUGGGAAGCUGAUAUUAAAGGGAGUAAAGCAUAUGUCAAAGCUUUACAGAAAGCAGGUCUGGUCACGCAAAACGAGAUGGAACAGAUUCUUACAGGACUUGACAAGGUUUUUGAUGAAUGGUCCAAAGGCGAGUUCAAGAUCAAACCAGGAGACGAGGAUAUUCACACAGCCAAUGAACGCAGACUGAAGGAAUUUAUUGGAGAUCCAGCUGGAAAGCUUCACACAGGCAGGAGCAGAAAUGAUCAGGUUGCAACAGAUACGCGGCUCUGGCUACGGGACACUAUUAACACUCUGAAAGAACUAGCUUUGCAGCUCAUCAGCACUAUGGUGGAAAGAGCUGCAGUAGAGAUUGAAAUCCUGUGCCCUGGAUACACUCACAUGCAGAGGGCCCAGCCAAUCAGAUGGAGUCACUGGAUUCUCAGUCAUGCAGUGGCACUAAGCAGAGAUGUUGAACGGCUGGAGGACAUCAGGAAACAUGUUAAUGUGAUGCCAUUAUGCAGUGGAGCCAUUGCUGGGAAUCCCUUCGACAUUGACAGAGAACUUCUGCGCCAAGAACUAAAUUUUGAUAGUAUCAGCAUUAACAGCAUGGAUGCUACCGGACAGAGAGAUUUCGUUGCUGAAUUUCUCUUCUGGGCAUCAAUGUGUCUCACACACCUUAGCAAGAUGGCAGAGGAUCUGAUUUUAUACAGUACAAAGGAGUUCUCCUUCAUCACUCUGACUGAUGCAUACAGCACUGGGAGCAGUUUAAUGCCUCAGAAGAAGAAUGCAGACAGCCUGGAGCUCAUCCGCAGCAAAGCAGGACGAGUGUUUGGCAGAUGUGCAGGGUUUCUGAUGACUCUCAAGGGCUUACCCAGCACAUACAACAAAGACCUUCAGGAGGAUAAGGAGGCCAUGUUUGACACAUACGAUACAGUACAUGCUGUGCUGCAGGUGGCAACAGGAGUCAUUUCAACUCUAAAGGUCAACCAACCAGCGAUGGAGAGGGCCCUCAGCCCAGAUAUGCUGGCCACUGAUCUUGCCUACCUUCUGGUCAGAAAGGGAAUGCCUUUCAGAGAGGCCCACAGCUGUGCUGGGAAAGCUGUUUAUAUCGCUGAAUCUAAGAACAUCCAUCUGUCCAAACUCACUGUAGAGGACCUUCAAACUGUCAGCCCUUUGUUUGACAAGGAUGUUUCUUCAGUGUGGGACUACAACAGAAGCGUCGAACAGUACAGCGCCCCCGGUGGCACGGCUAGGAGUAGCGUCACAGCUCAGAUCGAGCACUUCAGAACCUGGUUACAGGCACAGAAACAGAAACCAUAGUACCAUUUUGGUCCCACUUUAUAUUAAGUGGCCUUAACUACUAUGUACUUACAUUUUAAUUAAUCAUUUGGUACAAUGUACUUAUUGUGUACAUACAUGUUUUUUACAUUGUACUUAUAUUUAAAAAAA